UACACACGGUGCAUCAUUCGUACACGUCAAUUUUGGAAUGUAUAUAUCGAUUGUGUAUCACUACUAACAUUAAACGUCAUUUAUAAUAUUUCGGUAACAACUUGGUAAAAAUAUAUUUUCAGAAUAUUUCCAAUUUAUUCUUGAAAAAACGUAUUUAUAUAUCAGAAAAUACUUUUGAGCCAAAAGUGAAUCGUUUUUAAAGUGCACCCUUUGCAAUUAUAUCUUUAUUGAUGCUUGGAGUAACGAUAAGGAAUUAACUGUUGUGCCAAAUAGUCUUCGAAAUCUUUACCAGUAAGGUACUUUAAUUGAAUCUGUUCGCUAUAGUUUUGAUUAUUAUUUACUUAUUGUGAACAUCGAUGCUAAUUACUAAAGAACGAUGAGCUACCCGGAAAAACAGGAUAAUAUAACGAAAGAUGAAUGGGUUGCCAAGCUGGAAGAAAAUUCUUACACACAACGUGUCUCUAUGAACAAUUUAAUUAUGAAUUAUCUAGUUACAGAGGGAUUCAAAGAAGCUGCAGAAAAAUUUCAGCAAGAAUCUGGAGUGGAACCAACAGUGGAUUUAAGUUCUUUGGAUGAUAGAAUUCGAAUUAGAGAAGCAAUUCAAAAUGGUCGUAUUCAGGAAGCAACAGAUCUAGUGAAUCAGCUACAUCCAGAAUUAUUGGAUAAUGACAGAUAUCUUUAUUUCCAUCUGCAACAAUUGCAUUUGAUUGAAUUGAUUCGUACAGGAAAAAUAGAGGAGGCUUUGCAAUUUGCUCAAGACAGAUUAAGUGAAGCUGGAGAAUCAGAUGAUGUAAUUUUAUGUGAAUUAGAACGAACCUUAGCAUUAUUGGCUUUUGAUGAACCUCAUAAAAGUCCAUAUAGUGAUUUACUUCAUCCAACUCAUAGGCAAAAGAUAGCAAGUGAAUUAAAUGCAGCUAUAUUGAAGAUGGAGCAUAAAGAAUCAACUAGUCCACGAUUAAAUAACUUGUUGAAGAUGAUACUUUGGGCACAAGAUGAAUUGGAAAAGAAAAAAGUGAAAUAUCCAAAAAUGACUGAUUUAGAUGCAAAUUAAGAGAGAGGAAUGCACUGAUUACAACAAUUACGCAAGUUUUUAACAUUGCAAACUGAGGUUAUCGUUAUAAUUCUCUUCAUGUGUAAUACACCAUCGACACGAUAAAAAAAGUACAAGUUACCAGCUUGCAAAGAAGUUCAUCGAUAUUUUUUAAAUAAUACGAAUAUGUCAAGAAACGGACCAUUUUAAUUAAUAUCUGUGCAAUAUAUAAUAGAUGAGUUAUCGUCGCGAAAGUAAUUUUAACAUUACUUGAUUAUAAAUAUAUUAUACUAUGUUAUAUUACAGUAGAAUCAAUUAAGUAUCGAUAGUGUUUAUUAUAAAAAAUAGAGAGAUAUAGUAAUACAUUACUAAUAGUUUAGGAAUAAUAUAUGUAAUAAUUAUUCAAUGUGUAUAAAAAUUUAUAUUUGGUACUAUCGAUGUAGUAAAAAAAAAGAAAAAAAAAAAACGUGAACAAGCAUUUUAGGGAUUUUUGAAUAUAUAUUCCUCUCUCGGGUCGUGUUUAUAUCGCAUUCGAUUUUUAUAAAAACGUAAGGAAUAUUAAAUAAUAUUUGUCAUGUA